UCUCGCGAGAAGCGGCUGAGGGACGGCCAUCGGAGUGUCUGCCCUCUCGCUCCCCGCCCCGCCCCCGCUUAGACCGCGGUUUCUGCUUCCGCCUCCUUCUGCUUGGCGCCUGCCGCCGCCGCCCCUCCCCGGCCCCGGGAGCGGCCGCGGAGCCCCCGCCAUCCAUACCGCGUCGCGCGGGAGGCGGGAUCAGCACGACUGAACUGGAGGAGUUAAGUUACUGCUUGGAGUAUUUGUCGCUGUUGACCGUAUAACUGCUGAAGUGCGGGGCUGCCGCGUCCUCCAGAGAAACAGAAGUGCUUUGAUAACUUCGCUUAGAGCACCGAAUGGCGCCGGUGUAAUUGCCAAAUACACGUGAUAACAGAAAAAGAAAUAAAUCAGAAUGAGUUAUGCAGAAAAGCCCGAUGAAAUCACAAAAGAUGAGUGGAUGGAAAAGCUCAAUAACUUACAUGUCCAGCGGGCAGACAUGAAUCGACUCAUCAUGAACUAUCUGGUCACAGAGGGCUUUAAGGAAGCAGCCGAAAAAUUUCGAAUGGAAUCUGGAAUUGAACCAAGUGUGGAUCUAGAAACACUUGAUGAACGGAUCAAGAUUCGGGAGAUGAUUCUGAAGGGUCAGAUUCAAGAGGCCAUUGCCUUGAUCAACAGCCUCCAUCCAGAGCUCCUGGACACAAACCGGUAUCUUUACUUUCAUCUGCAGCAACAGCAUUUGAUUGAGCUGAUCCGCCAGCGUGAGACUGAGGCGGCACUGGAGUUUGCCCAGACACAGCUGGCAGAGCAGGGCGAGGAAAGCAGAGAGUGCCUCACGGAGAUGGAGCGCACACUGGCCUUGCUGGCUUUUGACAGCCCCGAGGAGUCACCCUUCGGAGACCUUCUCCACAUGAUGCAGAGGCAAAAGGUGUGGAGUGAAGUUAACCAAGCUGUUCUAGAUUAUGAGAAUCGUGAGUCAACACCCAAGCUGGCAAAAUUACUGAAACUACUACUUUGGGCUCAGAACGAGCUGGACCAGAAGAAAGUAAAAUAUCCCAAAAUGACAGACCUCAGCAAGGGUGUGAUUGAGGAGCCCAAGUAGAGCUGGUGCAGGCAGACCCUGGCACUGCCGUGAUGGCACAGGACUCACCUCCCCUCGGACUGUGACAGAAAGACUUUCCCUGCAGUAGAGAACCCUUCACCCCUUUGUACUUUUCUUUUUGACCCAGAAUCUUUUUUUAAAGGGAAUGUGUCCCUUUUAAAUGCUGGCAAACCCACGGGAAAGACACUUUAGGAGUCUGAGCGGUCUGUGCACUGUGGUACAUCCUCAGGAUUUCAACACGUUGCUGGCUACUGUCCCAGUGCUCCUGGUGUUUCUGACCCCUGCAGGUUUACCUUGUCAUUGAGUGCUGCAUUAUUAGGGAAUAUUGGUUAACUUAAGGCUCCCAUUCAGAGCACAUGAAGAGCACUGAUCAUUCUUUUGCUUUGUUAGCUCGCAGGCAGGCAGGAUGUUUGUUAAUUCUCCUCAGUCCUGUCCAGCCUUUAUUUUCAGUGUUUCCUUACCCCUUGUUUUUCAUUUAUUUUUUGUUUUGUUUUUCAUAGGAAAAAAAUAUAUAAAUUUGUAAAUCCUAACUCAAAGAUGACUUUUGUGCGAGGGUCUUGAGUUUGACUUGUUUUUCCCUUUUGGUCCGAGCUGUGUGGCUUUUGGGGAGAUGUGUGUGUGAGGGGUGGGGCUGUGUGGUUUUUAAUUUUUUAAAUAUAUACUUUGGUGCUGUAUGUGAAGAGAGACUUGUUUAUAGUAGACCAGUGAACCAUCUCGUAGGCAUAUUUGUUGGAAAUAAAGGUUUCUCUUUGAUUUCAA